CCGUUGGUCGCGCGCGCGCGCGCGUGGGGCGUUGAGGCGCCUCCCCGCAGCCCGGCGCCUCUCUCGCCGGAGCGCCGGGCAGGGGGGCCCCGGCUGGCAGCCGGGGCAUGGAGAGCCUGCUGGAGAACCCGGUGCGCGCCGUCCUCUACCUGAAGGAGCUCACCGCUAUCGUGCAGAACCAGCAGAGCCUCAUCCACACCCAGCGGCAGCGCAUCGACGAGCUGGAGCGGCGACUGGACGAGCUGAGCACCGAGAACCGCAACCUCCGCGGGCAGCAGCCGGCCCCCGCCGAGCCGCCGGCCGCCCCCGCGCCGCCACAGGGGGCCCCGGCCGAGCAGACCCCGCCGCCGCCACCGCCGCCGCCGGGCCAGCCCGACCCGCUCCAGCACCACCAACAGCUCCCGGCGCAGCAGCCGCCGCCGCAGCCGCCGCCGCCGCCGGCGGGCAAGCCGGCACCGGCGGGCCCCGGCGGCAGCGGGCGGGCUGCCGGCCACCAGCACCCCCCUCUCCAGUCCCACCAGCACCCCGCGGAGAAGGACGGCAGGGAGAAGGGCUGCUGCGCCGCUCUGCUCCAGCACAAGACCCCCCAGGCCAUCGGCAAAGGCGUCCUGAGCCGGAGACCGGAGAAUGAAACUGUUUUACACCAGUUCUGUUGCCCAGCAGCUGAUGCAGAGCAGAAGCCUUCAUCUCUGGACUCCUCACCAAGUGAUGAUCCCAGCGGUUCCACAAGCAAGAAAGCCGUGUGUGAAACGGAGGAUCCGAAGGAGGCCGGCAGACAGAGUGGCCAGGAAGGCAGGUCCGACACCCUGACGCUAAAAGCCCAGCAUGCGGAGCUCCAAGAAGAGCAGGCAGCGGGGUGUUCCCCUCUGGUGCAGAAGGCGAGCCUCCACCACACGGGCUCCCCAGUGAGAGUGCAGCGCAGCAAAGGGACGGCCUCGUGUUCCCAUGCAGCUGCCUCCGAUUAUGAGCUCUCCCUUGACCUAAAGAAUAAACAGAUCGAAAUGUUAGAGCACAAAUACGGAGGUCACCUGGUAUCUCGAAGGGCAGCCUGCACCAUCCAGACUGCUUUCCGUCAGUACCAGCUCAGCAAGAACUUUGAGAAGAUCCGCAACUCACUGCUGGAGAGCCGCAUGCCACGCCGCAUCUCUCUGAGGAAAGUCCGGGUCCAGAACUCGGAAAGCUUCUCCGCUGAGAAAGCCCUAGUGGAGGGGUACAACUUUGUGGGCAUCCCAUUGGUGAGGUCCCCAUCUUUGCCAGCCACCAUCAGUGGAGCACUGACCGAGCUGGAGGACUCCUUCACAGAACAAGUUCAGUCCCUGGCCAAGUCUAUUGAUGAUGCCCUCAGCACCUGGAGCCUGAAGACCAUGUGCUCACUGCAAGAUGGGGGCUCAUACCAGAUAAGGGAGACCUUCAGUGCCAGCUCAAUGCAGCCAAACCAAGACUUAGAAGCUGAGCUGCAAGACAAGGAGAAGGAGGAAGGACUCCUGCCAGAUACCCUACCCAAGAGCAGCAGCACUCUUAUGAUGGCUUUUCGAGACGUCACAGUCCAGAUUGACAACAAGAACAUCUCUGUCUCAUCGUCUACCUCGGUGUCCAUGGCAAACUGCCUCAGCAGCAAUGGCCAGGCUGGGCUCUCUCAAGCUACCAAGGCUGAAGAAAGCCCAGGAGAAGGGGAGGGAGAAGCCAGUGAACCACCAUCUGCCCCAGAGAGCUUACCUGAAUCCGGAGCUCUCCAGAACAGCCACACUCUCACCGAGGUGAAUGUCAGUACUAAUGGCACAGGAGACAGCAGUGCUGAGCCUGGGCAGAUGUCAGUGCAGAAGCUCCAGUUUGAUGCUAGCAAUGAGAUGGGGCAAAGCAAAGGCUCUGAGUCUGAGAAUGCAGACAACUCAGAGCAGCUGAGCAGCAGCAGCACCUCCACUUCAGCCAAGUCAGCCUCUGAGGUGUCCUCAAAAGAAGCACUGCAGGCCAUGAUCCUCAGCCUCCCAAGGUACCACUGCGAGAAUCCAGCUAGCUGCAAGUCCCCCACACUUUCCACAGACACCAUGAGGAAGCGCCUCUACCGCAUUGGGCUGAACCUCUUUAAUAUAAACCCAGACAAAGGCAUCCAGUUCCUGAUCUCCCGAGGCUUCAUCCCGGACACCCCCAUUGGGGUGGCACACUUCCUGCUCCAGCGGAAGGGUCUCAGCCGCCAGAUGAUUGGGGAGUUCCUGGGUAACAGCAAGAAGCAGUUCAACAGGGACGUCCUGGACUGCGUGGUGGACGAGAUGGACUUCUCUGGCAUGGAGCUGGACGAAGCCCUGCGGAAAUUCCAGGCCCACAUCCGUGUGCAGGGGGAGGCGCAGAAGGUCGAGCGGCUAAUUGAGGCUUUCAGCCAGAGAUACUGCAUGUGUAACCCAGAUGUGGUCCAGCAGUUUCACAACCCGGACACCAUCUUCAUCUUGGCCUUUGCAAUCAUCCUCCUCAAUACGGACAUGUACAGCCCCAACAUCAAGCCUGACAGGAAGAUGAUGCUGGAGGACUUCAUUCGCAAUCUGAGAGGGGUGGAUGACGGUGCUGACAUCCCACGGGAGCUGGUGGUGGGGAUCUACGAGAGGAUCCAGCAGAAAGAGCUAAAAUCCAAUGAGGACCAUGUGACUUAUGUCACCAAAGUGGAGAAGUCCAUAGUUGGAAUGAAAACGGUUCUGUCCGUGCCCCAUCGCCGGCUGGUCUGCUGCAGCCGCUUGUACGAAGUGACUGAUGUGAACAAAGUGCAGAAGCAGGCAGCUCACCAGAGGGAAGUUUUUCUCUUCAAUGACCUGCUGGUGAUCCUCAAGCUUUGCCCCAAGAAGAAAAGCUCCUCAACGUACACAUUUUGCAAGUCGGUCGGCCUGCUAGGGAUGCAGUUCCAUCUCUUUGAGAAUGAAUAUUACCCCCAUGGCAUCACACUGGUGACUCCAGUUUCAGGCUCAGAGAAGAAACAGGUACUACACUUCUGUGCUUUGGGUGCUGAGGAAAUGCAGAAGUUUGUGGAAGAUCUGAAAGAGUCAAUAGCAGAAGUGACAGAGCUGGAGCAGAUACGAAUUGAAUGGGAGCUGGAGAAACAGCAAGGGGCAAAGACUCUCUCAUUAAGGACCAAUGGAGCCCAGAUGGAACUGCAGUCUAAGCAAGGCUCUCCAACAGGCAAGAAAGAUUUGGGGGAGAAGGUCUCGGACAGCACAGUGGAGGUGUCAAUUCACAACAGGCUUCAAACGUACCAGCACAACUCCGCCCUGGGGCCCGAGAGUGGAAUGCAGCCCAGCACGCGUCUUAACAUGCCACGGGAGCGGCUGGAGACAGCACUGGUGCCCUCGCACCCCGCCUCGGCGGGGACACUUGUACAGUGCCAGCAGAUUGUCAAAGUCAUUGUCUUGGACAAGCCGUGCCUCGCUCGAAUGGAGCCGGCCCUCAACCAGACUCUGACACGCUACGUCACCUCCGAUUCCUGCACCUCCACCCCCUGGCGUGGUGUGGGCAGUGGGCUCCCUGGGACCCCCAUGAAGCUGGUCCAUCAGCCUCCCCUCCCACCUCCACCACCUCCCUACAACCACCCCCACCAGUAUUGCCCCCCUAGCUCCCUGCUUCAGAGGCGCAGGUACUCCAGUGGCUCACGCAGCCUUGUGUAGCCACACCACCAGCACCAAAACAGCACAGACUUCCCCGCUUCCCUUCCCCACCGCCUCCCGGGGACCCUUUCUGCCUACAGAGAUCUAGUUUGUGAUUUAUUUUUUAGUAAAAGAACAAAAGAAAAAAAAAAAAAAAGCCGACUGACCUAACUCUUACCCUGUCUCCCCUCAAGAUGAUGCUAAUUGUGAGGAGCCAUCUAUAGAAACUGCCGACCUACAUGCCCACACAUCCUCACACCCUGCCAGCCCUGCUGGCCUCCUGUGCUCGUGCCGUCCCCAUGUAGCACUUUGCUGCCCUGUUCCUGAGAGGCUUGAUGACCUGCUGCUUUCUAGGCACUGUGUCUUCCGUUUGCUACUCCUUGACCUCCUUCCUCGCCUUGCAUUUACCUGGCCAUAGAUUUGUACCCACCCCAAAACUUCACCAGCCUCGGAGAGAAACGGACUCACCCGUGCCAUGGACCGACCUUGGGGCACUCCCGGGGAUGGAGUUCCCCCUGCCGCCACUGCUGCUGCCUGCUAAGCUGGAGCUGAGAACUUGUACCACUUGCCAUGCUUUCUCCUCAUCGCUCUUCAAAUAUUAUCUCCUUGCAGCAGCCGGUUCCAAGCGAGGGAGUGCACGAGUGAAAGAGAGCUCGAGAAGAGGAGAGACUGUCCUGAGCUGCAGUACAACGCAAAGAUGGCCUCACUCUGAACACCAAAACUCUUUCUGUUGUUAUUUUGGGGCAUUGUACCAGAGACCUCUGCUGAGACCUAGCAGACCUCAUCACAUGUAAAUACACCUGUAUGGUAGCGUAUGUAUGGCGCAUGCUUACUAAAGGAAACACCAAGCAGUUCUGAGGGAGCAGAAGGGAGGGAUUAAGCUCAAGGAUCUUUCUGGAAUGGAUGAGUACUUUUCCAAAGAGAUGGCACCAAGAGGUGCCCUCCCACCUCAACACACACACACACACACACACACAAAGAUUGUCUUCUCUAGCAUAAACCAGACCCACCUCUGUUUUCCUCCUUCUAGCUGGUUUUGUGUUUCCUGCCCACCUGCUUUUUUAUAUUCUGACAGCAAAGCCAGGUGUUACGUUCACCUUCUAGGGUGGAUGUUCUCUUCACUUGGGCUCCUCCUCCUGUGUUAGAGGGAAGGGGCUUUUUGGAGACCACCCACGUGAGAUCCCAUCUCUAUCUCUUGCCUGGCUAUACUCUUGCUUCCAUCAGCUGUUCCUAUAGGAAAGCUGCCCAGAUAGCAGACUCCAAGGCCUCGUCUCCUCUCUCCCUCCCUAUCCCAACUUCAAAGUGAGGGGUGGGGAAGAUCCUAAGAUAGGGAUGACAGCUCAGCUCCUCUGCGUUAAUGGGGACAUUGAUGUGAAGGAAGAUGACAUUAAAAUGGGCUAUGGAUGUAUUUUUAGACAAAAAAAAAAAAAUCUCUUUGAGCAGUAGGGAGGGGAAGGUAUUAAUUAGCUUAAAGGCUUUGGUCUCACUCACUCACUCUGUCUCCCUUCAAGGCUUAAGAAGAUCAACUUUAGGAUUUUAAAAUAGGACAGAAUGCCUUUUAGGGCCUUUAUUUUUAUUUUAUUUUAAGAGGGAAAGAAAUGCUCUUCCUUCCCAUGCAAGGCUGAGACUUGAGCGCUAGGUGCUGAUGACACAGCCGUUGGGUGAGGAGUGGCAGGAGUUGUUGGCAGCAGUAGGGACGUGCAAAAUGUCAGGGAAAGGGGGACAGUGAAGACAGAGGCAGGGCUGCGCCAGCGUGCGUACCUCUGGGGCUAUUGCCAGUGGCAAAAACCACAGUGCAUCAGGGACUGUCUCCCCUCAGUGUUCUUUGGGUGCCUGCUGGCUCUGCUGAAGCGUUCAGAUGAAAGAGUUCACGUAUCUGACCUGGGCAUGAGCCCAGCUGGAGUUAGGGAAGCAGAGAGGGGCUGGGGUGCAGCCCUCCAGGGCAGGAGCCUGCUCGCUUCCAGGUCCCCUUAUUUCUGAGCCUGACCCAUGUACCCAGGUGUGCCAACAAGUCUCUCUUAAGUUGUUUGCUUUGCUAUCUGGAGCAGGGCACUAGGCUGCCACUUCUAUAUGCAAGAGCAGAUGUACUGACCAGGAGCCAACAGGCACGGCCUCAGGGAGGACUGUGGAAGCAGAAGACAGAAAAGAUUGUAAGAAAAUCCUGAACAGAAGCCCAGUCUCCCUCCAGACUAGAGAAUCUUUCUUCUAGCCAGCCGCCCAGGGCAGUGAGGAAGCUCCACAUCUCAAAGAUGGGCCCAGGGAAAAGUCCUCCCCCCCAGCCAGGGCUCAGCCCCUCACCCCACAGACAACUAUGAGGCACAGCUGGCCUGAUCUGCAGCUGCCUCCCUCCAACGUGACACCCCGCCGCCUCACGGCAGCCGGGAUCUCAUCUGACCUGCCCGUAGCUUCCUGGGAAAGCAUACGUGUGGCAUCUGCCAUUGUCCCAACAACAUAGCACGUGGCCGACAUUUUAUUUUUACUCAAAGGUGUGGUAUCCAGGAGGCACUGACACUGCCCUUCCUUCUCAGCGGCUACUUUGCUGUCUGAGAGGAACGGCAGUAUUUGUUUGUUUGUUUUUUCACAGAGUGCAGUGAGCCACUGAAGAUCUCUCUGCGUGUUAAAAUAAAUAAAUUAGAUUUUACUUGACAUUUAACACGAAGUGACAACAAAGAAAACCUUAAGGUACUUGAUGAAAUAAUUUUUUAGAUAAAAUAUUUAUAAUAAUGUCUAUGAAGUUCCUCCAAGAGAGGUUUGCUGCUUUAAUAAUUGAUUGGGAGAGCUACAAGAAUGUAAAGAAGGAAUAAGGAAGCUUCCAUGAGAUUCCCUUCUUCCUGAUGGAUGAAGGACGGAAGUGAGUUAACCGAAGUGCCAAGGUACCUGAGGCACAGCAGUCUCUCAGGGGGAGCUGCCUGCAUUUCCCUGACCUUGCAAAGGGUACUGCUGGCCUUGAGCUUUGGACAGAGAAGCAAACGUAGAUAACCCUGGCUGUCUUCUAGCCUGCUGGCUACAACAUCUUCUGUCAGGUUUAGCUGGAGAGACGCCAAACCACUGUAUUCCAGGUUGUCGUGGAGCAGGUUGCUCUAAUUUCUGUUGUGUAGCUGAGUCCUUUGGACUUCACUUCAAAAUACCAAGCUUUUUUUUUCCAUUGAAGGUUUGUCUUGAAGGAUGACAAGCACUUUAAAGCAUGUCUACACCUCAUCUGAUCUAUUGUAUUGUCUGCUCCCACAGCCCUCCCCCACGCAAGCAAGACGUACAGACUCGGUGUAGCUGUAGUACUGUGAAUAGACACCCUUGCACACAGACUGAUCCUUGACAGGGUGCAGGCUAGAAGGAGCAUGUCAGUGACAACCUAAUGAAGGACAAAAUGUGUACCACAGCUUGCCCAUGGGGACCAGCCCAAAGAAAAAUCAGCAGCUUUUGACAGCAGUGAUUCUGAUCACGAACCUAGCACAAUCGUUCGGGCGGAGGGAUGAGGCAGGAAGCUGCCGCAGAGAUUAGAUCAACCCAAACGUACCAGUGGCUUUUUGUUGCCAAAUUCAUAUCCUUCUAUAUUAAAAAAGGAAGGGGGAGAGAGAGAAAAGAGAAACCCAGUAAAAACUAUUCUGCAGUGAGUCUCGGGUAUUCAGUGGCCAAAUAAGAAGGUGGCUCUGCUGGACGGUGGGAGAGAACAAGGUGUUACUGAGGUCUGCAGAGCUGCAUUACACACACCGUCAGGCUCUGUCCCGAUUCUCUCUUGCUUGUGCUACUGCUGGUCCAGGGAAAUUAAUCUGUUUACAACAGCAGCAAAGGGACGGAAAAACGCGAGACGGGAGAAUCAAGCUUAAUGCAAACAAUUUGGGUUUAAUGCAGUGUUCGCUGCUGUAGUACUUUUAAUGCCAUAGUCUAGGCCACUCUGGUAGCAACGUCUCCUGCUUUCUGUAAGACCUUCAAAGCAUCCCACUGUUCACGUUUUCUCUCCUUCCUGUAGAUGAAAGGUGUGGGUAUGGUCCACAACCAGAAUUUCAUCAAUACGCAAACUUCUUCACAAAAAGGUACCACCACAUUUGGAAGUAUUUGAGGGCCUCUGAGCUGUAAGAGUUUGAGUUUUGUUACAUGUUUUUCAGAAGGCUCCACCUGCAACUAUCUGCACGUGUUUCUGAGGUCUCCAAAACAAAUCUGAGCCCUAAAUCAAGGAAGCUGCUGCUUGGCAGAGUCUCUGCUUUGAAAUGCAAGUUGCUGAGCAAGCUCCUCCAUCUCCCACUCCACCAGCUGCCACACUGUGCUGGUGGAGGCUCCAGGGACUGCCAGCAGUGUUUCGUGAGCUAGAGCUGUCCUUGUCCUGCCCGCUCUUUCACAGCCACGCCUGGGACAGCAGCUUGGAAGUCACCCAGCUCUUCAGAACUAGUCACAACCCCAUCUGAAUGUGUCUUUUUAAAAAAAACUAACAACAGAAGUGUUACCUGUGUGUAGGCUUUUGAAAGCACCUGUCUGUCUGUACCUGUUUCCUGCUGUAAAUAUCACCAAGAAAAGCUUCCUUUGGGAAAAGUGGUGUGGUCACACCUAGCAAAGAGUCCAAAUGGCUAAUAUUUUGUAACAAAAUAACAAAAAUAGAUCAGAGGUAUUUUAUCUGUUCGAUUAAUAGAGUUUUAGAAAUUAUAUUGAGAUAUGUCACUUGUGCACUAAUGUCUUCUUUGCCUCAGCCCCCCCCUCCUGUGCCACAGCGCUCCACCGGCGUGCGCAGGCGCACGGGCGACACACCAAGGCCGCGCUCCCAAGGAGUGCUGGGCAUCGUGGCUUCCUGCUGGCCCCGGGGCCAGCCCACUGAGGCUACUGCUGAUUUUUCGUGGAAUGCAGCAGGAGCUAGCUCAGCGCUCGGGCUCUCUGAGGAUCAGACCCAGAGGAAGCCAGGAAGAAAUAAUCUCGUCCAAGAGAUGGCAACUCAAUGUGAAGUUCACCCCUGCAGUGAGGCAGAGAGGAAAAUGGUGAGGGGGCGGGGGAGAAGGCAAAGCCCUUUGGUGCUGCAGCUCCUUCCUUUCCAUCUUGCUGGCACGCAGCAGAGCCGUCCCCAAACCCUCUGCUCACGCCUGUGUAGCUCUGCACCCGCCCUGGGGAAGGAGGCCCGCACGCCCCUGCGAAGCGCAGGCCGCUGCGCGCUCCCGCUGCGGCGAGGGGAGCAACCUCACAAGCCGCACGUGCCAACGCGUGCGUUGGGCGCCAGCUGGCCACAGAGAAACCCCUGCACCCAGAGACAUCAGCACAUACACUGUGCGUGAACGCGCACACCCUCUGCCAGCACGUGGGACUGUACGGCAGCUAAGAUGUAGGCACCUCUACUCUCCCCACAGCUGAACACGCUGUACAAAAAUAUCAGGCGUGUGCAGCCGUGCACUGCCUGAGCGGGACAGCUGUGCUGGCUGCUCUCACCACCGCGGCACAUCUCACAAGCUACGUAGGCUGAGGCUUGGUUAGCAUUUGGAUGGGAGACACGUAAGGAAAAUGACAUUUCCCAUGCAAAUCAGAUAUACACGCCUAUUUACACAAAGCAUAACCCCAAGGUUAAUGAAACCGACCUUUGCGAAGUUCUGCACAGGGAUGAGAGAGAUGAGCAGAGACAAACACGUGCGCACAAAGCAAAGCUCUCCUCUGCAAUGGAGGGGGGAAGGCAACCUACUUCUUUGCAGCUGAGUCGAAUACAUGCUGGUUUCAGAUUGCUCCUGCUAAAAAAACUCACUGUCUAUAGGUUGCAAAUUCUUUGCUGGCUUCAAAGAAUCUCUUAGACCCCCAGGCCCAUGGUGAAACUUGGGAGGACAGAAAUCCCUCUGAGAGGCAGACAGGAAAUUUCCCAGGAAUGCAGAGGCUUCCGUUUAUGUUUCUGUGUGCCAUGGAUAUAUUAUAAAUCAGCCCAUCCCAAACAGUCAUUUUCUAAGAUGUUUUGAAACAGGAGUUUAUUGGAGAGGUUUCUGCCUGAUGUUUAGAUCACACACCUGGCUGUAAAGAUGAAAGCAAUAAAAACAGAUUGUCUAUAUGUGAAAUACUA